GCAUAUGAUUAAUUUUAUUGAUUAUAGCUUUGACUUUGCGCGCAAAUUACACAAACCUGCAAUCACUGCCUCCAUCACACGCACGGCUCCACGCCUUGGCUGCACGCUUCUAAAACGUGCGAGAAACUCCAAACACACCGAAAAGUGAAGCCUCCGGUGUAGAGAUGGGGGAUGAACCGUCGUCGCGGAAUGGAGGAAGAGCCUCGUCGGUGCGGGAGCGGGCUCAGCGGGCCGCGGCGCGGGAGCGACCGUCUCUAGCGGACUCUAAUGAUCGCCGUGCAGUUCCGUAUGAGAGAAACUGGAAAGUGUGCGGCUUCCAGUGGAAGGUUUGGAAAUGGUACGUGAACCGGAUCCCGGAGACGGGCAGCUGCUACUGGCUGUCGACGUGGCGCUCCACCUUCUACUACGCCAAGUGGUACUGCGAGGGCGACGGCGCCAUCCUGCUGGUGCUGGACUCCGAGCACGAGCGCCGCGUCGUGCGCAGCUACGUGCAGGAGGACAAAAAGCGGUAUGAAGAAUUAACGCGCUACAUGUUCAUUGGCAUCAGGACCGAUGAUACCCGCGUCUGGUACACCGUGGAAGGUGACCUGUUGGACGACAUCGGGUUCGCGCCGUGGGCGGCGGGCGAGCCGGACAACUACGGCGGCUGGGAGGAAUGCCUCGUGAUCAACACCACCAGCUUCGAGUACUACGACAAGUGGUGCCGCCUGGAGUACAGCAACUUCGUCUGCAAGAAGCGCGCCCAGUCCGAGCUCACACGCUACACCUGACGCCACCAGCCGCUCCUACCACUCAUAAAAGUGAUAAAAUAUAAUCGUUCAAUCUAA